GCUCAAACAUCUCUGCUCAGAUAUACAAAAGACGAGAGACCAUUUCUUGAAACGAGUAUUGGUAUUCCAUUCUGAUUGUCUCUCUGUUUACUACCCAAUUCUGCGAGGAAGCUAGCUAUGAUACUCGCAGUGUUAUUCGCCAACUCUGAAGGGAACAUCCUAGUUGAACGUUUCAAUGGAGUUCCUGCUGAGGAACGGCUGCAUUGGCGAUCUUUCUUAGUCAAACUAGGAGCUGAUAAUCUUAAAGGUGUGAAGAAUGAAGAACUCCUUGUUGCCUGCCACAAGUCAGUUUACAUUGUUUACACUGUGCUUGGGGAUGUCAGCAUCUACAUUGUGGGGAAGGACGAAUAUGAUGAACUAGCCUUGUCAGAGGUGAUCUUCGUUAUAACAUCCGCUGUGAAGGACGUAUGCGGGAAGCCUCCCACUGAGCGCCUUUUCCUGGACAAGUAUGGAAGAAUUUGCUUGUGUCUGGAUGAAAUUGUUUGGAAGGGAUAUCUGGAGAAUACAGAAAAGGAAAGAAUCAAGAGAAUGAUACGGCUAAGGCCUCCUACUGAAUUUUGAUUGGAUGCUUCUGGCUGUAACCAGCGAUUGGAGGACAGAAUAGAAUCAUGUGGUCUGAGGGAGCAGAAUGUGUCAUAGGAGAAUGCUGAUUCCUCCGCAGUAUGUUUUUCAGGUUUUGUGAAGGCUUAAUGUUUCCAGACCUUUAAUGGAGAGAUUUUCUUGGAUUUUGAUUGAGAGAGGAGGAGACAGCAACGAUGUAGUAAAUGCCUGAUUUCUAUAUUUUGAACAUGAUGACAUGUCAAUCUCUUAUACUGUAUGCCUGAAACAAUGAAUUGAGUGAGUUAAUAUAGCAGAAAUAAGGCGGUUCUUGUGGAUGAUUA